AUGGAAAUUGAGAAGCAAUUACAAAAAAACAGAAGGAGCUUAAAAGAGUUUAAGCCAAUGUCGUAUACAGAUGAUUAUGUUAUGGAUUUUCUUGGUAAUCGCUUGGUAUAUGAUGAACGACAAUAUGAUAUUUCAACUGAGAAGGAUAAAUUCCAAGAUUUGUUUAAAUCCUUAAGAGCAUUAAAUUCUUCCAAUGCUCAAGAGAUUGAGAGUUUCUCUAAAUGGAUUUUAGAUGUGGGAGAUGGCAAAAUCUCGGAACCAAACGAUGAAUAUGCUGAAAUUACUAUUCCACCAGAAUUUCUAUUAACGGAUUUUGUGGAUCCAAUUGAGAAAAUUGUUACAAGUACUUAUCCAAACCUACUUGAAAAUUUCACAAAUCUGGAUUUUCUCCAAAGUAGAGCUAUUCUAGCUUCAACUAUAGAAAUUGUGGAUGAAAUAAAUGAUUACAUUACUAAUCUUCUUUCAGGUUACCAUACUUUAUACAUGACUUAA